GAAGGUCAAUCUGAGUGGCAGUGAAGUCUGACUCAGCGGAGAUUGGCCCCUUCAACCGAUUCUAACUUUCUCGAUCUCCAUGAGCGCAUCUCUGGAGUCUCUGCGACGCUGGUGCUCCCACCACAAGAUAUGGAUUGAUCAUCGCAUUGAGAUUGUAUCUUCAGACCUGUCCGGAAUCCAUCUAGUAUCUCAGAGCCCCAUCGCUCAGGACACCAUUCGUCGGUAGCCCUCGUUUGCACCGAGUCCAAGCAGAACCGCUCAUCGAUCCGUAUCAAAGUCGUCAAGAUCCCUCGUGAAGCUGUUAUUUCAUUGAAAACCAGUCGCAUCUCGCGACAUAUCCCCGCGUCAGCUUCGACGCACCAUGGGCGCUCGGCUCAGCUUUGGCUUGCGUUGGCUCUGUCCGUCGAACUGUCUGUGCCUUUUCAUUGAUCAUAAUGGAGCUCUUGAUAGAAUGGGUGAAACGAAUACAGUGCCCUCGGUCCUUCGUCGGAAUGGGCUGGAUAUCUGCAAUCUCUACCGCGUGCGCUUUCUGGAAUGCCUCUCUUUUGGCUUGGAAGUGGCGCAGAUGGUGCCAGUGCUCUUGAUUUUUUGAAAGGGACUGAGGCCUGGAGAUUGGUCAAUGAGACUGAUGAGAGUGGUGCAACACUGGUGGAAGACAUCGACGCUUUUUUUGAAGCUGUCGCGCGUGGGGUGUACUCGAAAGUCCUCGGCUCUUCAUCCGUGGAAACGUUGACUCGUCAAGACUUCGCCCUUGCAUAUGGGCUGGUCUCGUCCCGUGCCUUUCUCAUCGAUGCGUACCAUGGGCUUGCCAUGGUUCCAAUAGCUGAUGCUUUCAACCACGUGCAGGAAAACCAUGUCCACUUGCAGAGUGACUACGAGGUAUGCCCCGAAUGUGGUUCUUUGCGGCAGUGCAUCCAUGAUGGAGGAGAGGACCUUCCAUCUGAAACAUGGGAGGACGACUGUUUAGAGAUGAUCUCGAAUCGCCCCAUCGAAUCUGGGGUCGAAGUGUUCAACACUUAUGGCGAAAUGCUGAGCAACGCCCAGUUGCUUCUCCAAUACGGUUUCAUUCUCGAUGGGAACGAGAAUGACCGUGUGACAUGGACGUGCGAUGAGAUGGCCGAAUUCGUACACUCCUCCCUGCACUGGGAUCCAGCGCCUGUCCGGCAAACCACAGACUGGUUGCAAUCGCUUUCCUGGGAAAUCCUCGAAGAGUCCUCUGAGCUUGUAUACAUAGACAGGAAACACGCGUUCUGUGUCAACGCCGAUGGAACAGUCUCGCAUGGACUCUGGCUCUAUCUCGCCGCUGCUCUUGUCUGCAGCAGGACUGGCAUCCGCGGCCCCACCUCUGCGCAAGAAGCCAUCUUAUCAGGCGUCGAACAUCUGCUUCGAUGUCAAUCAGGGAUGGAGCAACACGAGUCGCCCGAGCAUAUUUCAGGAUACACAACGAACGGAUCAACGAUCCACCAGCUAUCCGGACUUAUCUUCUCGCUCUGUAGAGCGCGUUCUGCCGGCAUCAGCAGGGGAGAACCAACGAUCAGGGAGCUUGGAGAACUGCUAGACAGUUUGCCCGAAGACUCCGCGCCAAGUCGCAGGAUGGCAGUGUCCCUGGCGCUGACAGAGAAAUCUAUUUUGGAAACUUGUAUGUUUACCUGGCAAUCGCUGGCCGAGACAUUCGUGCACGUAUCGGACUCUGACGGAUGAUGAUUCAAUCUGGUGCCGGGUCUGGACUGGCUCUACUCUGGUCCAAAUCUGGCCGCAGUAUCUCAGCUCCAGACAGUUCGUAGAGGCUUGUUUUCUAUGUAUGGAGAUAGAUGUCCACC